AUGAAAAUCAGAAAUAUUUAAACUCUGAAAUAACUUAAAACUUAAUAAUCUAUAAAAUUGAGCACUUUCAUUUAAGAUAUUCAUCAAACCGGAAAACAUAUUAAUAUAUCUGAAUCCAAUAAUCUUAAAUCAUCUACUCGGUCAGGUUUAAAAAAGUGGGAAUAAAAAAAAUAGCUUAAUCAUAUUUAUUAGAGUUAUUAAAUGGAAAAAAAAGCCAUAUAAUAAGGACUUCUAACUCCUUAACACUUAAAUAAAUAUUUAAAACCAAAAAAAAGUAACUUUUUUUUAUUAAUAAUUUUGAGGACAUUUUGAUUUGAAAAAGGACAUAAAUUUCUUUAAAAAAAACUAAGUUUUAAACUUGUAUUUAAAAAUUAAGAGCUGCCAAUAUCAUUUUAAAUGCAUAAAAAGAUUAAUAAGCCAAAUAUGAGAUUAUUUAAGAAACUAUAGAAUGUAAAAAAAAUUAGAAAAAUGAUAUUGAAUUCAUAAAAAAAAUGA